AUGGCGACCGUUCAGCAGCUCCUUUUCCGUGCCGACAGCGAUGUCCUGCCCAAAGAGCCUGCCGUGGACUCCAUUCCCGAUUCAAUUGUCACAAAUGAAAAAUCUGCUACCAUCACCGCACCCGAAGUGACCGAGUCAACAGAGGUCACCAAAGCUCCCCUUGAAGAGCCUGUGGUUUCUGAAGCUCAAGAUAAGAUUGCCGACUCUACUGCGACAUUGGUUGAGACCGAGACUGCCGAGAAGGAAGCAGACACCGAGCCUGAACCUUCAGCCGAAAAGGCCGAGAAAGUUGAGACUAACACCAAUGCCGGAGCUGAGGUUAAAGCCGACGAAAAGGAGGAGGUCAAGGAGCCCACAGCACCCAUCACUGAAGAGGCAGCUCCUGCUGUGACCUCAGAGAAGGACGCGGCUCCCGAGACUGAGACCGCCAACAUUCCUGCAAAGGAAGAGUCUAUCGACACCGCGGAGGCCCCUGCUGUCACCGAGGAGAAGUCCAUCGAAGCUAUUGCCGAAGAGGCCAAGCCCAAGGAGGCUGCACCAGUCGCUGCCGAACCCGAAGAGACCACAGAAGAGACUCCCGCCGAGAAGGCCGAGGAGACCAUCCCCGAGACUCAAUCUGCAGAGCCCGCAGUCAAAGAGUCCGCACCUGUCGAAGCUCCCAAAGAGGCCGAGCCCCAACCUGAGGCCCCCGCCGCAGAGGAGGGCACGCCCGAGGUGGCUACCGAGUCAGCUGUUGAAGAAUCUAAGCCCGUGGACAAGGUCGCGGAGGCCACCGCCCCAGUGACUGAGGAACCCACCGCUGAAGCUCCCAUUGAGGAGUCUAAGCCUGCCGAAGAGCCGAAGGCUGCUGAGGUUCCCGAGUCUACUGAAGCCCCCGUGGAGGAAGCCAAGGCCACCGAAGAGGUUGCCGCUCCCGCUGCUGAGCCUGUAGCCGAGGAGAAGCCUGCUACUGAAUCGGCCGCCGAAGAAUCGAAGGCGGUCGAGGAGGCUCCCGAGCCCGUCACCGAGGAGAAGGCUGCCCCCGAGGCCCCCGUGGAGGAACCGAGGGCUACCGAAGAGACUCCUGCCCCUGCCGAGCCUGUUACUGAGGAAGUUGCUGAGCCUACUGCUGAGGUCCCCGUGGAGGAGACUAAGGCUACUGAAGAGGUUGCCGGUCUCGUCGCUGAGCCUGUCGCCCAAUUGACCGAAGAACCAAAGGUCGAGGCCGUUACAGAGCCUACCGAAGAGCCCGUCACUGAAGAGAAGCCCGCUGUCGAGGCCGUUCUCGAAGAGACCAAGCCUACCGAGGCCGCUCCCGAAAACACUGAGGAGCCUGAAGCCCCUGUCGAGGAGACCAAGCCUGUCGAUGUCACUGACAUCACCGCCGAGGAGAAGGCCAUCACCGAACCUGCCACUGAGGAGACCCUGCCUGCUACUGAAUCGACUGAAGAGCCCAAGGCCGCCGAGGUCGUCCCCGAAGUCGCUGAGACUGUCGCCGAGGAGCCUAAGCAGACCGAGGAGGUUGCUGAGCCUGUCAAGGAUACCGUGGUCGAAGAGUCUGUUCAGGAACCUGCUGUCGAGGCUGUGACCGAGAAGACUGUCGAGUCUGCUGAGGCCAUUGCUGAGGAGCCUGCUACUAAGGAGGUCGUUUCUGAGCCCACCGAGACUGUCACCAAGGAUGUGACUGAGGAAGCUCCCGUUGAGCAGCCCGUCACUGAGGAGUCGAUUGCUGAGCCAGUCAAGGGGGUUGAGGCUGUCGAGCCCGUUGCCGAGCAGGCUGAGCAGGUUGCUGAGGAAUCUAUUGAGGUGAAGCCCGCUGUCGAGGAGCCUGCUACUGCUCCCGCCAAUGAGGAAACCACUGAGACUCCUGCUGUCGAAACCCCUGCCACCGAGGCCACUCCCGAAGUCGCCACUGAGACCACCGAGGAGGCUGCUCCCGCUGCUGUCGCCGAAGAGAAGGUCGAGAAAACUACUGAGGCCGAGCCUGUCCAAGAGACCGCUGAGAAGACCACCGAAGAGGUCCCAGCUGUCGAAGAGCCUAUCUCUGAAGCUCCCAAGGAAACGGCCCCCGAGGCCACCCCUGUUGAGGCCAACGUCGUCGAGACUGUCGUCCCUGCCACCGAAGAGACUCAGGCUCCCGCUGUUGAGGUCGUGGAGGAGAACACCGAGGAAGUCGCCAGGACCGAGGAAGUGACUGAGCCUACCGUCGAAGAGCCCGUUGCCGAGAAGGCCGUCGAGGAGCCAAUUGCUGAGACUGCGGUCCCGGAGCCUGUUGCUGAGGUUCCCGCUGUUGAGAAUCUGGCUGUUGAGGAAACUCCUGCUGUUGAGACUCCCGUUGAAGUCGCCGCUGAGACCGCUGACAUUCCUGAGAAGAAGGUCGAGGAGAAGGAAGUUGAGGAUGUUCCAGCCCCUGUUGAAGAAACCGCCUCCAAGGAUGCCGAGCCUUCCACUGCCGAGGAAGAGGUGGCUGUUGGCGCUGCUGCUGCCACUGCUGGCAUUGCUGCUGUUGGUGCGGCUGCUGCCUCCGAGGAGGCUUCUGAGCCUGUCGCUGAUAAGGAGAUUGCUGACGUUGCUACCGUUCCUGAGCCUGUCGCUGAGACUAUCUCCGAUACUGUGGCCGACGCUGAGGCCACCGCUGAGACCGCUGCUGAGACCGCUGCUGAGCCCGUCGCUGAGCCCGACGCUGAGCCCGUCGUUGAGUCCGUCGUUGAGCCCGUCGUUGAGCCCGUCGUUGAGCCCGUCGUUGAGCCCGUCGCUGAGCCCGUCGCUGAGCCCGUCGCUGAGCCCGUCGCUGAGACCGCUGCUGAGCCCGUCGCUGAGCCCGACGCUGAGCCCGUCGUUGAGUCCGUCGUUGAGCCCGUCGCUGAGCCCGUCGCUGAGCCCGUCGCUGAGCCCGUCGCUGAGCCCGUCGCUGAGCCCGUUGUCGAGGAGGUGGUUCCCGAGACUGUCCCAGCUGUCGAGGAACCUGCAACUGAAGCUCCCGCCGUCGAGAGGGUCGAAGAGGUGAAGGAGGCCGCCGCUGUUGAGCCCGCUCAAGAGCCAGAAGCUGCCCAGGAGGAGGCUAAGCUCGAGGAAGCUGCUGCGCCUGGCGCAGCUGCCCCCGAGACUGUUCCUGAGCCCACCAAGAUCGAGGAGUCUACCCCCGAGGAGGCUGGCAAAACAGAGGCAGAAGUCCCAGCUGAGGCUGAGCCUGUCAAGGAAGAGAGCAAGCUCGAGGAAGCUGCUGCGCCUGGCCCAGCUGCCAUCGAGACUGUCCCUGAGCCCGUUGACGUGAAGGAGGCUGAGCCCGAGGCUGCAGCUCCUGUUGAGACUCCCGUUGAGGAGGCCCAACAGGGAGAUGCCAAGGAUGACGCCCUUACUUCCGAGAUCCUUGGCGGUGCUGCCGCUGCCGCCGCUGCUGCAGGUGUCGCUGCCGUCGGUGUGGCUGCUCUUUCCCAUGAGGAGUCCCCCGCAAACGACCAGAAGGAUACUCAGACCGCUGAGGCAAGCAAGGGGCCAACCGUCGAGACUGACAACCAGCCCGAGGUUCCCGCCGCCAACGCCCAGCCCCAAGACGGUAAGCCAACACCGUUCUAUCUUUCGCAGCAACCCUCUGUCAUGUCGUUCGAAACUGAUCCCAUUCUUGCAGCUCUCGCUGGUGACCGCGAUGCCCUGCUCAACAAGCUCAACCAGCCCUCCACUGACCAGCUGACCGCGGCUUCCGCUGACAAGACAGCGCAGCCCGCUGCUGAGCCUACCCAGGAGACCUCCGAGUCUUCCUCCAAGCCUUCCGAUGCCCUUGCACCUAAGAACAACGAUGAUGAUGCUCGCCCAGCGAGCCAGAACCGGUCAGUGACUGCUGUUUCUCUGAAUAAUGCACCUGACAGCUGGCUCAAGGCCAUCCUGCGCUCUGUCUUUGUGGGCUUCUUUGGGGCCAUUUUCUCUCCUUUCCGUCGUGGAAAGUCCUCCAACUAG